AUGGAGCAGGGCGUUCUCCUGUACCGCGAGCAGACCACGGGAAAGCAAUACCUUCUCCAGUAUGCCGCUCAACUCACCCCAGCAUCUACUAGCACAGUCCUAACCAUGCUGCCAGUGCUCGAAGCGCUCUCCAGUCCAUCUCCACGCCAACAACCCCGAUCCCGUCAACAAGCGCCCCGCACCACCGUUGUCGACCCCUCUACACAGACUAAUGGCCUGCAGCCGGCCCGGAGCAGCACCCACGCCUGGGCAGCCAACGUCCUUCAGCAAAGCGAGCCGAAGCCAGUCGACCCAGCGGUGCGCGCUGGGACGAUGCGCGAUAUUGACAAUUCCGCGACACUGCGAAACAUGGAGCUGCAGCAGACUCGACGAUGGCGGGUUGGGGACGUGUAUGCGCCGCACGACUUGAGCGGCGUGGAGGCCUCGAAGUGGAAGAAGACGAGGAGGUCCGAUAACCCCCAGGCGCCCCUUGCGCGCUCCCCAUACUACGAUGCUGACUCUGACUGCAGACGCCCCACCCACGACGUCUUCGACUUCCUCGGCAUCGAUCCCCUCAAGGAAUACAAGAACUUCGCCCUCAUGUCCGAAUACAUGACCGAGAUGGGCCGCAUCAAGCACUCAAAGGAGACAGGUCUACGGCCUGUGAAUCAGCGGAAGCUGGCUAAAGCUAUCCGGCGCUCUAUCGGUAUCGGGCUCAUGCCCAGCGUGCAUAAGCACCCGGAGAUUUUGGCGAGGGCGGCGCAGCCCAGGCAAGGAAGGUGA